ACUUUGUUCCGAAUUGGCUACGCGGCCGUGAAGCGGCUCCGUUCGCUCCCAUUCACUCUGGUUCGCAGACCCGGAAACGUUUGGAGUCGUGUGUGUACGCAUGGCAUAGUGUGUUUCCGGCAUACCGUGUGUGUUGAUCGGUGCUCAGCCUUUUUCUCUCGGCUUUCAGUAGCACAGUCACUUCAGACCCCCAGCUCCCUUACCUGUUCACCCCUCAGCGGCGUUUUGUCUCAAAGCGGCGGACAUGGCAUCGGUUUCGGCACCAGCUCAGACAGCCCUCGGUCAAGGCUCUCCUCUCCAAAGAGGAAUUGUGAAAAUGGUCUUGUCAGGUUGUGCCAUCAUUGUUCGGGGCCAGCCUCGAGGCGGCCCACCCCCGGAGCGGCAAAUCAAUCUCAGUAAUAUCCGAACUGGGGCCAUGGCUCGUCGAGCCGCCCAGGGCCAGCCAGACACCAAGGACACCCCCGAUGAGCCAUGGGCCUUUCAAGCCAGAGAGUUCCUGCGAAAGAAACUAAUUGGCAAAGAAGUGUGCUUCACUGUGGAAAUCAAGACUUCUUUGGGCAGGGAAUACGGGAUGGUUUACCUGGGCAAAGAUACAUCAGGGGAGAACAUUGCUGAGUCUUUGGUGAACGAAGGCCUUGCCACAGUCCGCAGGGAAGGAAUCAGAGGGAAUAACCCAGAGCAGGCCAAGCUCUGCGAGUUGGAAGACCAGUCCAAGUCCUCGAAGAAGGGCAUGUGGAGCGAGGGCGGCGGCGCCCACACCAUCCGCGACAUCAAGUACAACAUCGAAAAUCCCCGCAACUUCGUUGAUUCGUUGCACCAGAAACCUAUCAAUGCCAUCAUUGAACAUGUGCGUGAUGGAAGCGUUGUCCGUGCCUUGCUGCUCCCAGACUACUACCUGGUCACUGUCAUGCUUUCUGGAAUCAAGUGUCCUACAUUCAAACGGGAAGCAGACGGUACAGAGACACCGGAGCCAUUUGCAGCAGAGGCCAAAUUCUUCACUGAAUCCCGUCUACUGCAGAGAGACGUUCAGAUCAUCCUGGAAAGCUGCCCCAACCAAGUUAUACUGGGAACCAUCCUUCACCCGAAUGGCAACAUAACUGAACUCCUGCUGAAGGAAGGCUUUGCCCGCUGUGUGGACUGGUCCAUGGCCGUCUACACCCAGGGAGCUGAGAAACUCAGAGCUGCUGAACGAUCUGCUAAAGAGCGCAAGGUUCGCAUCUGGAAGGACUACGUAGCGCCCACAGCCAACUUGGACCAGAAGGACAGACAAUUUGUAGCAAAGGUGAUGCAGGUGGUGAAUGCUGAUGCCAUGGUGGUCAAGCUCAACUCUGGAGAAUACAAGACCAUCCACUUGUCCAGCAUUCGGCCCCCCAGGAUUGAAGGAGAGGAGAAGAACAAGGACAAAGACAAGCGUUUCCGUCCGCUCUAUGACAUCCCCUACAUGUUUGAGGCCCGUGAGUUCCUGAGGAAGAAGCUCAUUGGUAAAAAGGUCAAUGUGACAGUGGACUACGUAAGAGCAGCUACUGGCCCCGGGGAAGGCACCCCUGCUUUCCCAGAACGCACCUGUGCCACAGUCACUAUUGGUGGCAUUAACAUCGCAGAGGCACUGGUCAGCAAAGGCCUGGCCACGGUCAUCAGAUACAGGCAGGAUGACGACCAGCGCUCCUCCCACUACGACGAGCUGCUGGCCGCAGAGGCACGGGCCAUCAAGAAUGGAAAGGGGCUGCACAGCAAGAAAGAGUUCCCCAUCCACAGAGUUGCUGAUAUUUCUGGGGAGACGCAGAAGGCCAAGCAGUUUCUGCCCUUCCUGCAGAGGGCCGGCCGGUCGGAGGCGGUGGUGGAAUACGUCUUCAGCGGCUCCCGCCUCAAGCUGUACAUGCCUAAAGAAACCUGCCUCAUCACGUUCCUCCUUGCCGGUAUUGAAUGUCCACGCAGUUCCAGGAACACGCCUGGGGGCAUGCAGGUGGCGGAGCCCUUCAGCGACGAGGCCAUGCUGUUCACCAAAGAGCUGGUGCUGCAACGGGAGGUGGAAGUGGAAGUGGAGAGCAUGGACAAAGCAGGGAACUUCAUUGGCUGGCUGCACAUUGAGGGUGUGAACCUGUCCGUGGCCCUCGUCGAAAACGCGCUGUCCAAGGUCCACUUUACAGCCGAGCGCAGCUCCUACUACAAAACCCUGGUCUCAGCAGAGGAGACGUGCCGACAGAAAAAGGAAAAGAUCUGGGCCAACUACGAGGAGAAAACCGUGGAGGAAGUGGUGCGUCUUUCCGAGGAGAAGGAACGCGUAGCCAACUACAGACCAGUAUACGUCACUGAAAUCUCAGACAACCUGCAUUUCUAUGCACAGGACGUCGAGACAGGAGGCCAGCUGGAGAGUCUGAUGGAGACCAUGAGAGCAGAGAUCGCUGGCCAGCCUCCAGUGGAAGGAUCCUACUCCGCACGCAGAGGGGAAUACUGCUUAGCCAAGUUCGCUGACGGAGAGUGGUACAGAGCCCGGGUGGAGAAAGUGGAGUCGCCGGCAAAGGUUCACGUCUACUACAUUGACUACGGCAACAGAGAAGUGGUGUCCUCCACUCGUCUGGCUGCCAUGCCCCCCGCCUUCAGCACCAGGACCCUGCCAGCGCAGGCCACCGAGUACACCUUUGGCUUCAUCCAGGUCCCACAGGACGAGGACGCCCGUGCAGACGUGGUGGACUGCGUGGUGCGGGACAUCCAAAACAGCCAGUGCCUGUUGAACGUGGAGUACACCGGUGCCUCUUGCCCACACGUCACGAUACUGUUCGGGGACACCAAGGAGGACGUGGGCCUCGGCCUGGUCAAGGAGGGCUUGGUCAUGGUGGAUGUCCGCAAGGAGAAGCACCUGCAGAAGAUGGUGACGGAGUACCUGAACAGUCAAGAAUCAGCCAAGAGCGCCAGGCUCAACAUUUGGCGCUACGGAGACUUCCGCGCGGAUGACGCCGAUGAGUUUGGCUACCGACGUUAAAAACGAGGACAGGAGGAAGGAGGAAUCGACCACCCGAUCAACACCAUUCCAAAGACCAACAUGGACGGCAAGUAAUGCAUUGGACAGAAGACAAGGUAGACCAAGAACCCCAAACUCCACGACAAGCGUGACUCACCUCUUUCAUCCAUCUGGCCCUGAGUGCAGCCCCCCCCCCCCCGCUCAACACAGGCCAUGCUAGUAAUGCUAAAGCUAAUCAUGCACUUUCCAUUCCCCCUUUGUUUUCCUGACGACCUGCCAGCUCACCGCCUGCGUUAUUGCCAAUCUGUGUUAUUUGCUGUGUUACCUUUUCAGCAGACUCCCUGUGUGAAUGAUGAUUAUGAUACAGGCGUAGGUAUGUGAAUAUGCUCCUCAUCCCUGCUAUGACUUUCCCACGUGCAGGAUGAAAUGGGGUGUUUGGCAUGUGUCGUUGUUUAUUAGCAAACAUGCUUCCCUAAUGAAAUGUACAUGUGAGAAGUGUAAGUAUUUUAAAGAAAUACUGUCAGUGGAGCCACACAGACAAACUUGUUUUUGUCUUCAGUGUAUAUCUGUGUGAUGACCUUUUUGCAGAUGUUUUGUGGGGAGUGUCAUGUCAUUUAUUCGCUGUCACACUUUUAUGAUCAGUAAAUAGAAACGCCCUCAUGUGGCAUUCGAUCAUCUGUAUCCUCCUGUAAAGUUUACAUUCUACUUAAUAGCUCUGACUCUCUUCUUUCUGUCUCUGUAUGCCUUGGCAGAAACGGUGUUUGAAUUGUUCCCACAUACUGGAUCUUUGCAUUCUAAUAAAAGUCUGAUGAAUAUGAA